ACACCGACUUGAUUUGAUAUAUUCCUAUGUCAUGCACCCUGUCUUUUCCGUUGUCAUGCCUCCAAGGAAUGCCUAAGUACACAAUGCGUUGAACGGUACUCGACAGUAUCGAAUACGGAUAUGAAGACAACCCUGGGAUUUGGUGCCGAUGCGCCGAAGAAACGGAUCCAAACGAACAUCCCCGAAUGCAAAUAUAAGUGCACAGGUAUAUUGGGACACGGACAUACUCAACUUGUCAGAAGACCUGUGAGCCGAGAAACCGAAUAAAGUUCAAUGGUAACCAAAGAGGCGGUGUUUGGUAAUUUAGAUCUGCUAUAAAGGCACUGAGUCCAUUGCCCGUGUAUAAAAUUGCUUCUAUCUACUAUCCCUUUCCCUACGGACAUUCAUCAUGGACGCACGCAGCGUAGGAGACGCAACCACAGUCGUCGGGGGACCCUCCUCCGUCAGAGGCCCAGAUUCAAACUCAUACGAGAAUGGCAAGUCUGGAAACAACCCAAAGAAGGCUGCAUUCUCAGUACCACCUGCCUCAAGCACAUUCGUACAAACAGUCGAUUACCUUGAAGAAGAACGACCGUUUUUCGUCAAGAUUGGAAAAGAUGGGUUGAUUGCUGCACUUCAGAAAUUGGACAGGCAACUCAAAAACUCCGGUCGAAACCAUAUAUUAUCCUCCAAGAGUCCGACGGACUGGAUUGGCAAGGAAAUCACUCCUGGCCAAAUCGGCUUCAUCAACCAUGGUGGACUCCCUAAGAUCCUCACAAAGCCUGGUCGUUACCCAGGAUUUCCUUUGCGAAAUUGGUGGGCCAGGACGUGGCAGGGCACUAAAGGAUUGUCGGACACCGUGAUUGAAUUCCAAGGCUUAACUGUCAUUCAGGUGUCGCAGAACCAAGCUGCUGUAGUUUCAGACCCUCAGAACCAUAUUUUCGUCAUCAAGAAUUCGGGCUUCGUGGCUUACGCCAUUGAGGGUUCCUACAAUGUCCUCUCUAUCGUUGAUCAGACUCAUCUGCCUACCAAGGUCACUGAUCAUAUUACGAAGAGCAUUCUUGGAUGGACGCAUGAGGUCACCAUGUCCAGCAGAACUGGUGGUGGGAAGAACAAGGACUUCAUCGUAGCUCUAUUCCUGAACAUCCCUGCCAACAACUGUGCCAUUUUACAGAAAGGCGAUGAUCUUGAGUUGCUUCCCGCAGGUCAACAUUACAUUACGAACCCGAAUGUCACUCUUCGUGGUCUCUAUACUCUCGGUGAAAACCAGAUUGAGAUGCCUACCAAGGAUAUCUUUACGAGGGAUCAGGUCCCCGUCAGCUUGACUCUCUACUUGAAAUGGCAACUGACUGAACCACUCAAGUUGGCAACCCAUGGCUACAACACUCCUUAUGAUGCGCUCCGGGAUAAGACCCAGUCUAUUCUCACUCAGAUUGUGGCGCACUUGGAUUAUAGUUCAAUGGUUAAGCAGCGCUCAAUUGCUCCGGAAAUGGAAGAUGGCACCGACUCAUCAGCUUUCCUCGAUGCUCUUCGUACGCAUGCGAUGGAUGACCUGCACGAAGCUGCCCUUGAAUACGGUAUUCACUUGAAAGACCUCGCAGUUAUUGACAGGCAGUUCAAGGGUGAUAUCGCUUCAACGAUGGACAAACUGACCACAAGGGCUCUGCAAGCACAAGUCGAGGCUGCCAAUGUCGACCGAGAGAACAGUAACAAGAUCAAACAAGAGGAGGGCGCUCUCGCUGUUGCACGCGUUAAGGCGCAGACUCAAAAUACCAAAUCCGAUGCCGAUGCCUACAGCAUUGUUGCGGCGGCACGUGCACAAGCGCAGAGACUGCAAAUUGAGGCGGAGGCCCAAGCCAAAGCAACUCGUCUCGCUGCAGAGGCAGAAGCAGAAGCUGUCAAGGUCAAGGCCGCUGCUGAUGCUCAAGUCACCGAUCGUUUCGCUAGAGAGAUGGAGUUGAAGAGAAUUGAUGUGAGCAGGGUUAGGGCCUUCGGUUCCAGGACCGUUUUCGUCCCGACGGAAGGUAUUGGUGCUCAAGUGGGCAAUGCUAUGGCUGUUGGAAUGGCGGCUGGUAUGGGUGCUGAUGCAAGGCAAUCAUGAGUAACAUUCCUCUUUUCUCUCGUUUUCCCGCUCUUUUUCUAUUAUUUUAUCGAUGACUUCAGUAUCAUGACAUCGGACACACUCGUUUUUUCCUGUUUUCUUUUUCUCUUUUCACUUCUAGUCUCUGUCUCGAUUCCCUGCGCUACUGCCUAUGCCUUGAUACCCUUGUAUAGUUUUGCACCCCGUACCUAUUAUCUUGAACUUUGUCACCGCAAUAACUGGAACGUGAAGGUUUGAAGACUGG